CCGAUCCGCCGCCUCCGCCGCCCGCCGCCGCCGCCGGCUCCGUACUAGGUAGUGGCUGCGUGGGCGCGCCAUUCUAGUGGCCACCCGAGCCCGCUGGGCGAGCCGCCGGCGCGUCCCAAGGUUAGACACGGAACGGGGCAUUGGAUGGACGGCACGAAAACUCCCAAAGGUCGGUCCAUCGACGACUACGACGGUGUCAUUCACAAUCGUUCCACUUUACUGUUUUAUCAUUGUGACAGCGCCGUAUCGGUCAAAUCUUCGGUUCCUGGCACGUGCUAAUCUUCUCAUCACGGCUUGAUAUAAUACGAACCUUUCAGCCAUUUUUCUUGACCCGGCUCGAGGCGUCGCCAAAAAAAAAAUCGCCAGCGGAAACGGGCAAGGGGAAAAAAAACUUGCGACCGCGCCUCUCAUAAACCCUUCCCUGCGUGGCUAUGGCCAGCAACUCCGACGGCGCCGUUCUCACGGGGGCCAAAGAUGCCGUCCUAGUCAAGUCGGAGGCCAUGCCUGCGGGGUCGCAGCAGGUCGAGGAGCUCGAUUUCAACAAGCUCAAGGGCCCCGUCACCGCCGAGGACCUCCUCGAGGGCAUGCGCCACAUGGGCUUCCAGGCCUCGUCCAUGGCUGAGGCGAUACGUAUCAUCAACGACAUGCGGGCGUGGAGGGAUCCCGAGACGGGAGACAAGACCACAAUCUUCCUCGGCUACACGUCCAACCUGAUAUCGUCGGGCCUCCGAGGCGUCCUGCGCUGGCUGGUCGAGCACAAGCACGUCUCGUGCAUCGUCACCACGGCAGGCGGCAUAGAGGAGGACUUCAUCAAGUGCCUCGGCCACACGUACAUGAGCUCCUUCAGCGCCGUGGGCGCCGACCUGCGCAAAAAGGGCCUCAACCGCAUCGGCAACCUCCUCGUGCCCAACGCCAACUACUGCGCCUUCGAGGACUGGGUCGUGCCCAUCCUGGACAAGAUGCUCGAGGAGCAGGAGGCCAGCAAGGGCACCGACAACGAGAUCAACUGGACGCCCUCCAAGGUCAUCCACCGCCUCGGCAAGGAGAUCAACGACGAGCGCUCCGUCUACUACUGGGCCUACAAGAAUGACAUCCCCGUCUUCUGCCCCGCCCUCACCGAUGGCAGCCUCGGCGACAUGCUCUACUUUCAUACCUUCAAGGCGUCGCCGCUGCAGCUCAAGAUCGACAUUGUCGAGGACAUCCGCCGUAUCAACACCAUCGCGAUCCGCGCCAAGCGGGCGGGCAUGAUUAUCCUCGGCGGCGGCCUGGUUAAGCACCACAUUUGCAACGCGUGCUUGAUGCGCAACGGCGCCGAGUCGGCCGUCUACAUCAACACGGCGCAGGAGUUUGACGGGAGCGACGCGGGGGCGAGGCCCGACGAGGCCGUAUCGUGGGGCAAGAUCAAGAUUGGGGCCGACAACGUCAAGGUCUAUCUUGAAGCCACCGCCUGCUUCCCGUUUAUUGUUGCCAACACGUUUGCCAAGGACAUAUAGACGCAUCACCAAACUCCAUGACGACUGAAUGAAGACG